UUUGAUGCUUGGAAGCGGUAUUGAUUGGGUGCAGAGAACAUGGGGCAGAAACCAUCGCAACAGUUGGCUCUGAAGGACAGCAAGGGGGUCCUCAGCGUCUGUGAGGUGGUCAGUGGAGCUAUAGUGCAUGCUGCUCAGAAACUGGAGGAGUACCUUGGAUUUGAAGACCCUCUGAGCAAUCUGUGCCCAGCUCCAGACACCCUGAAUGAGAUCUUCUUGAUCCACUUCGUCACUUUCUGCCAAGAAAAGGGGGUUGAUGGGUGGCUCACCACCACCAAGAUGACCAAGCACCAAGCCUUACUGUUUGGGGCGGACUGGGUUUGGACCUUUUGGGGAUCUGAUAAGCAAAUAAGGCUUCAGCUGGCGGUUCAGACUCUGCGGAUGUCUUCUCUUCCUCCUGCGGAAUCUAAGCCUUGUGAGCUCUCCCAUCCAGAAUCCAGGAAGAGUCGAUUUGAUAAGCUGGACGAAUUCUGUAACUUGAUAGGAGAGGAUUGUCUGGGCCUGUUUAUCGUCUUCGGUGUGCCAGGAAAGCCUAAAGACAUCAGAGGAGUUGUCCUGGACAGUGUCAAAAGUGAGACAGCGAGGGGCUGUCUGCCAGGAGGGAGGGCUGUGGCACAGUUCAUCCUGGAAACUGAAGACUGUGUCUCCAUCACAGAGCUGCUUGGAAACUGUCUGAGUAAGAAAGGCGGGCUAAGAGAGGUGGGCAAGGUUUAUAUUAGCAUCCUCUGAACUGGAUUUGUGUGAUGGGACUGGCCUGUAAGAGAUGAAAAGAAAAAGAUAUUUUAUUCCAAUAAGCAAGCUCCUCCACUUGCAUCAUCCAGCAUGGCACUCCCCCCUCCCCCCACUGAAUGAAAAUGA